AUGCUAGCGUCGCUGACGACUCUCGAAUAUAAACUGAAACAAUUUACUUUCGACGCUUUUUUGAGUUUUGACACAGAAAAUGAAAGGAAAAUCUUAAUUGAGUUACAAGAUUUAUUGAGUUUAGAAACACAACAGCAAAAAGCAAGAAUAAAAGUUGAAGCUGUUGACCUUUCGAUAAGAAGAAAUUAA